UCCGCGCAGCGCGCCAUUGACUGUAAAGACCUUUCAACUUCACAAAAACUGAAAUUGAGAAACGUUCUCUUGUGUGGAAACUUUGUCACGACGAGUGCGAUAGGCGGGGAUCAUGUGUCGUGACGAAAUGACGGUAAAGGACUAAGUUAACGUGAACAGGCAACGAUGGCUCGCCUGAGGCGGCAUUUUUCGCUCGAGAUUUCCAUGUAAAAUGCAGUUUGUGCUGUAGUUGACUAGUGCUCCGCGCGCUCCCGUUCUGCGUCCCUCAACUCGCCUUACGAUCCUGCGGCGCGAUAUGGAUGAAUAUGGCGAGGACCCGAGCAAAAUGUUGGAAAACCUUUCCAUAUAUGACGUUUACCAGGAUGGAAUAUACGGGGAGCCGAAACCAGAGAUGGGGUUUAAGUCGGGUGCGCUUCCUGAGCAGAAAAGUAAGCGAAUGAAUGGCAGCUCCUCACUCGCGCCUGGGAACAAAGUCUACGGCGCGGCUCCGGUGCGCUCCGUCAACGGUAACCGACCCUCAGUGCCUUUGGAUUUCUGUUCUCCGCAAAGAGAAGUAGUGUAUCCCGAGCCCGAAUUGUAUUGCACCAAAUCUGAAGUUGCCUUGCCGUGUUACACCGGUGCGUCGGACCGGCUCAGAAGAUAUACGCACGCGGAGGUGCAGGGACACCGGUACAGCACCGGCUGCGCGUACGACGGGCUCAUUCUGGGCAAACAGGUGCCCGUUUCGGGCGUAAGAAGCAACAGCAUGUGCAUAGGCAGUAACCCUGAUGGCAGGUACUCUGCCACGAGCCCCCGGUCCAGUUUGGCUUCGUCCCACUCGUCUCAAGAUCAAAGCAAGCACACCAGUCCAAGGUCCAGCAUCAGCAGCCCGCGGUCCAGCCUGGUGUCACCCGGACACCAGGAGGGGAACAGCGUGAUCAGUCCCCGGUCCAGCUAUGCGAGUACGGCCAGUGACACCAGUAAACAUUCCAGCCCCAGAACCAGCCUGAACAGCUACGACUGCGGGAGCAAACCUAGCAGUAACCGAACCAGCGGCAUCAGCAUGGGCUACGAUCAACGACACAUCAGCCCCAGGUCUAGCACCGCCAGCCAGUAUUCCAGCACCACGAGUCCGCGCUCCAGCUAUUCGGAAUCGCGCUUCAUGCCUGCGGGUAACCACGAGCCGGAGGGCACCCCGGUGCACGGUAUACCCGUGACCAGCCCCCGGUCCAGCAUCUGCAGCCAGGACGGGGGUGCUCGACCCGCCGGGGUGUCCAACUGCGUGGUCAGCCCCCGGUCGAGCAUCUCCAGCCAUAGCUCCAGAAGCUCACGGAGCUCCCGGGGAUCCAUGAGCGCGUAUCCUGAUCUCCAGCUGCCCUCGCCGCGGUCAUCCAUACAGGAGGACACGCUGCUGCAGGACUUCACGGAGCCAAACGGCCCCCAUAAUAACCGCGUCCACCUCCAAACGUACCCCGUGCUGGAAGAGGCGCAACAACCGAAUUCAGACGUGAACAUCGCGUUUAGUUAUGGGAAAACGGGCGCCGCGGGGCAGCGUUUCAAGCUGCCUUAUCAGGUCACUCCAUCCCGGGACAGCGGCCCCAGUCAGGCGGAGAGGCGCCUUGAGGCCCUCACCCUGGAGCUGGAGAAAGAACUUGAGAUGCACAUGAAAAAGGAAUAUUUCGGUAUUUGUGUAAAGUGUGGUAAAGGUGUUUAUGGAGCGAGUCAAGCGUGUCAAGCGAUGGGCAACCUUUAUCACACUAAUUGCUUCACCUGCUGCUCAUGUGGGCGGAGGCUACGAGGGAAGGCUUUCUAUAAAGUUGACGGAAAGGUUUACUGCGAAGAGGACUUUCUGUAUUCCGGAUUCCAGCAGACGGCAGAAAAAUGCUUUGUGUGCGGUCACCUCAUCAUGGAGAUGAUCUUGCAGGCGCUGGGUAAGUCGUAUCACCCGGGCUGUUUCCGCUGUGUGGUGUGUAAGGAGGGGCUGGAUGGAGUUCCUUUCACCGUUGAUGUGGAGAACAACAUCUACUGUGUGAAAGACUACCACACGGUUUUUGCUCCUAAAUGUGCCUCUUGUAGCCAACCCAUCCUCCCGGCACAGGGUUCAGAAGAGACCAUACGAGUGGUGUCCAUGGAUAAAGAUUACCAUGUUGGAUGCUAUCACUGUGAGGAUUGUGGUUUGCAGUUGAAUGAUGAGGAGGGGCAUCGCUGUUACCCUCUCGAGGGGCAUCUGCUGUGCCAUCGAUGCCACCUGCACCGGUUAAAGACCACUAUUCAUACCCACGCACCCCCAAGUUACCCCCUACAUGUCACCGAACUGUGAACACAUGGAGUCGUGCUGAAGAACAGAAUAAAGACACACUGAUGGGUGGAGAUUAUCGCAUCACUCCUGCCCCGAGAGAGAGAGAGAGAAAGAGAGAUUGGAAUUCAUGACGAGAAAGCGUCUGUCACACCAUUAAACAAUUAACUGGGAAAUCUAUUGUGCCUGUUAAACUGCUUCCACUUGAUUAGGAUUUACUUGACCAGCUGGCGAGUUUGUAGUCAUCUUUCCAUUAUUUACAUCCCCCAGUCAUCUUCUCCUCUCUCGCUUCGGUCUCAUUUGCUUUUUCGAGGGGUUUUGACUUCAUUCAUUCACACAGAUGAGAGAACAUGGCUUACGCCUGGCAAGCCGACGGCCACGUGGAACCAACGCAAGGUCGACACCACUGCCGCAAGAGGAGCGGAGCGUGACCUGUGCCUCUGUUGUUCCUCCAAACACGACCUCUGCCCGAGACACUGAGCAGCAAACAACAGCACUGAACACACACAGACUGACUCCUGUGCCUUCAUUACUAAUCCUGCAUUGCACACGUUGUCACCUCAGUCACUGCCUUUGAGAUGCACAGUUUGUGUGUGUUGUGUGUGUGUGUGUGUGUGUGUGUGUGUGUGUGUGUGUGUGUGUGUGUGUGUGUGUGUGUACACGUGAAAUGUGCCUGCUCUUUUGUGCCAAGCUGCCUGGGCAUUUAAAGGAUUAAUUAACAGAAAAAUUUAAAUUAUGUACUCAACCUCAUGUUGCUGCAAACCUAUUUAUAUAUACAUAUAAAUAGUGCUUUGAAAAAGUAUUUGCCCCAUCCUGAAUUCUUCUGUUUUUGUGUAUACAGUAUCUCAUACUAAAUUGUUUAAAAAAUUCAAACAAAAUCUAACAUAAAACAAAGGCAAUCUGAGUAAACACAAAAUACAGUUUUUAAAUGAUAAUGUUAUCUAUUGAAGCAAAAAGUUAUCCAAUACCAACUGGGCCUGUAUUGCCCCCUUAGUUCCUAAAUCCCCAAAUCUAUGAAACUGCAUUCAUAAUGGGGUUCAGCUGGACUAGACAAAGCCAGAUCUGAGUACUGCCAGCUCUGAUCAAUCAAAUCAAUGCCUAAAUAGAACUUUUUUAGCAGCAUGAAGUUGGCUAAAAUGUCUCACCCAGUAGCACACUAUGCCAAGGUUGAACGAAAUUCCAGUAAUUAUGAGGAAAAAGGUGAUUGAAGUACAUCAAUCUGGGAAGGGUUACAAAGCUAUUUCAAAGGCUCUGGGACUCCAAAGAACCACAGUGAGAGCCAUUAUCUCCAAAUGGAGAACACUUCGCACAGUAGUGAACCUUCCCAGAAGUGGCUGAACUUCCAAAAUUCCUCCAACAGCAGAGUGAUGACUCAUCCAGGAAGUCACAAAAAAGCCAAGGACAACAUCCAAGGAACCGCAGGCCUCACUUGCAUCAAUAAAGGUCACUGUUCAUGACUCCACUAUCAGAAAGAAACUGUCCAAACAUGCCAUCCAUGGAAGAGUGGCAAAUCCCCUGCUAACCCAGAAGAACAUUAAGGCUUGUCUGAAGUUUGCCAAAACACACCUUGAUGAUCCUCAAACCUUUUGGGAGAAUGUUCUGUGGGCUCAGGGGUCCCAUUACAUCUGGCAUAAAUCAAACACAGAAUUCCAUAAAAAGAACAUCAUACGUACGGUCAAGCAUGGUGGUGGUCAUGUGAUGUGGUGGGGAUGCUUAGCUGCUUCAGGGCCAGGACGACUUGCAAUAAAUGAGGGAAACAUGAAUUUUGCUCUCUACCAGAAAAUCCUUUAGGGGAACGUCUGGUCAUCAAUCUGUGAGUUGAAGCUCAAGCGCAACUGAAUUAUGCAGCAAGACAAUGAUCCAAAGCAUAGGAGUAAGUCCCCCUAUGAAUGGCUCAAAAGAAGCAAAGAUUUUAGUUUUGGAGUUAGUCAAAGUCCUGACAUGACCCUGAUUGAGAUGGUGUGGCAGGACAUUAAAUGGGCAGUUCAUGCUCGAAAGCCCUCCAAUGUGGCUGAACUAAAGCAGUUCUGCAAAGAAAAGGGGGCCAAAAUGCCACCACAGUUCACAGUUGUGAACGACAGUUGUUGCUGCUAAAAGUGGCAAAAAAAAAAAAUAUAUUUAUAUAUAUAUAUUUGAUUUUUUUUGUAUUUACUCAGGUUUCCUUGGUUUAUGUUAGAUCUCGUUUGAAGAUCUAAAACAAUUUAUUAUGAAAAAUACACAAAAAUCAGGAAAAGGGCAAAUAAUUUUUCACAGAACUGUAUAUAUAUCAAAUACUUUUAUAUGGAAAAGAGAAGGCAGGAUAUUCUGUGUUCCAUUGAAAAAAUAGCUGCGUAUGGGUUUAGAACAACAUGAGGGUGAGUUAUAAUGCCUUUUUAAUUUUUACAUGAAGCGCUGAUUAAAUGCCUGAACUAGUGGCAGCAGUCGGCAGAACAUUGGUGGCACAAAAGUGGCUUAAUUCACUAAACAAAGUGGCGUUGUGACGCCACACGAAAAGUCUGCUGCACAUAGAUGGAUUAUUUUCAUAAAUGAAUAUGUUGCAUAUAUUUCACAUUAAGUAUGUAAAUGAGAUCUCUCUGGCCAGGGUCAGAGAGGUCAUUAUGAUCUGGCAGCAGCAAGACCGGGGUUCUCCACUGAAUUCCGCUUUCUUCGCUCUUCAGACUUAGGUUUGAGCACUGAAAACCGCGGAAGCGUUGGGUGCCUUCUUGCCUUAAACAUUCCUUCACAUGGAGCAGACAUACCUUAUUAUGUCUCUCAGGAGACCCUUAAGGGAGGUGGGCUGAUGUGUGCAGGGGUCAAAGGUCAAGCCUGGAUGUGCUGGACUCAACCAGGCCAAUGAGAGACCACCUGUGUUUGUCCUGCAGUGAGUUUGUUUUUGUGUGUGACACUGUGUCUUAACCAGGGACAACGCGACAAGGGAUAGAACGUUUUUUUUUUUUUUUUGUGUUUUGGUCACUUGGAGUCCAUAGAGCGCAACAGUUGGACUCCAGAAGUAAAAAUCCCAUUAAUUUACUCAACAGGUGAAUAGAUUUUUAUUGAUAACUUAUAAACUUUAAAAACAUACCCACUGAGCUCUGAGGUUGUUAAUGGUAUAUGCUUCUUUUGAAGCAUUAUUUCAAGAUAAUAAUAAAAAAAAACACGUUUAUUAGUGGAAUUUGUGGUGAAUAACUACACCACCCAUGAUCCUGCAGAGUAAGAUCCACCAAUCGUAGAAUUGCGCUAAACAAUGUGCGCCAAAAGAGCUCUGCAGCAAUGUUGGUUUCCAUACACUCUCAAACUACUUACUGGUUAUAUUUUUAUAUAUCUGAAUAUUUUGCAAAACAUUUCAAAUAUAUUGUUUGUAUACUUAUAAUCAACAACUUUAAAUUAGUAGUUUCAUAUUUUUCCUUUGAUUUUUAAUUGGCAUGUCUUUUGCAAUGCUUCAUGGGAUUGUAGUUAAUUCCCUCAUUAAAGACUUUAAGUACACAGUCUUGUACUUUUGUCAGAUUGUUAAAUACUUUUUUGCAUCAAAGUUGGUUAUGUUGUGACUCACCUCAGAUCUGGUUGGUUUGGUUCAUAAAUCAUGGCUUAAAACGCUUUUAUGAAGUAGUUUUUGAAAUCCAUAUGGAAAAAAUGAAUGUGCAAAGCACCUGCGGAAACAAGAUGGCUGUAAAAGUGGGUGGGACUAUUGUGAUGUUGUUCUGUGGAUGGGUUGGGAUGUCCCAUAGUGAAAUCUGUUUGGUGCUAGGGUUCCGAAGGAUCAUGGAAAGCCUGAAAAUAUCAGGGAAUUUUAAAGUUGUGAUUUCUAGACCUGGAAAAGUCGUGUAAAUUGGUAAGAUCUUUAAAAGUCAUGGAAAUUUCAUUAGUCAUAUAUAUUUUUUGUAGUGAUGCUCAGCUCAAAAGUAUUUCAUUGGCUAGAAAUUGCUGUUUUGUGAGUGUAAUCUCUAUAAAAAAUAAUAUUAGAAAGGACUGGAAAUUAAAUUAAUUGGUUUAAAGGGGAGGGAACCCUGUGGUCCAAAAUACUGCUCCACUCUAUACUGUAUAUUAAACAUCAAAUAUGUUCUGAUUGUCUGUGAUCAUAUCACAUCAUACAGUAUUUUUGUGUGGACAAAAAAAUACUCGCCACUGGAAUCUUGUUGUAUCCCACCUGGUUUGGACGCAGUGUGUGUAAGUGGAAGAGAGUGUGUAUGUGUGUGUGUGUAUGAACGGUGGACCACCGUUUGUCUGUAAGUGUAUGUGUUUGUGUCUGUGUGUGUUUAUGGUGUGAUUGUGUAUGUGCAGACCUGCAGCAGCCAUGAAUUGCUCAACACUGCUCUCUUACAGAACAACUCUCUUUCUCUGUUCCAAAUCAUAGUAAGCUGUCUUCUGCUGUCUACUGUCUACAUAGGUAGUUGUCUUCUAAAGGGGCGUUCACACUGGCAUACCGACCUGAAGUCCUUCAUUUUCUGUGCGUUUUCAUGUUGCAGAUGCGGCAACAUCUGGCAUGCAUGUGAUGCCUUAAAAUGCUGUGUAGGCAGCUCACUACGUUUAAGAACAGAGCCUGUGUGUGUUUGAGUGUGUGUGCACAUGCAUGUCUUAUACACUCUUGUUACAUACACGUCUACUCUAAUACUACUGAAUUACAUACAGAAACAGGCAGCAUUGGUUUCCCCUGACCUGAGUGACUUGUGAGUGAUUUCUUGAAAUCCAGUGAUUGCAGACUGAAACUCUUCUGAUUUAACCAUGUGAAAAUGUGUAUUACUGAUUACAGAAGCACAACGUCAUUAUACCCUUGUUUUUGGAAAAGGAGGAUUGCUAACAGAAUAGAUUGUAAGAUUUAGUUAAAGGAACAUUCUGGUUUAAAUGCAACUUUUACAAGCUAUAUCUGGAUAGCCUAGGUGACAUGCUGCCGAUUACUACAAGAAAUGAUGGUGACGCAUCCCACGAGUUGGAAAGUCAAACAACUAAUGUGCUGCGCAGCUAUGUACUUACAAUGGAAGUCUAUGAGACAAGUGUGUACUGGUUGGCCCAUAGACUUCUGUUGUAAGUGCAUUUGUUUGUAUUUUUUCAAAUUGAGGUAUGAUUUGAAAUUAUUGUCUGUGGUAAUCAACUGCAUGAAUGUUCAAUAUAAUGACAGAAUAUUUCUUUUAAAAAAGAAAUAUUCAUAUCAUUUUCAGAUCAUUCCCAGAGUGUAUCGUGUAAUAAAAAUGCGUAUAACUUUUCUCCACGUUGUCUUAAUCGACUUUUAAAUGUACUACUAUUGCAUAGCACAGCGCUAGAGUCCAUGUAAAUAAACAGAUUAGAAUGUAUUUUCUGCAUCUAUCAGAGAUUCCAAUAAACGGUAGAUUUCUUUCAGUUAGUUCUUUAAAAAAAUGCACAUUUUAUGUUCUGUUGCAUCACUUUUUUAUCGUAUGAUUUCCUAGAUAUUUCAUAAAGAAAAAGCAAAGUAGAUUUAUUUAUCUAAACGUGAAAGUUUAAAGUUAUUUAAUGUAUGAAAAGUCGGGACUUAUCAUUUAAACGUAGAUUUAUGUAAUCUGCUUUUUAAAUAAAGUGUUUUUUGUA